AUUUUUGAAUAGUUGUGAAUUAAAAAGCAAAAAGUAAAUUUAACAUUAAAGGAUCCAAACUUUGAACAGCUUUCCUAACUAUAAUGGGACCCUAUCUGGAAUAACAGUCAGCAUAAUUCAAGCGCUCUAAAAUAAGCGCAUAUUUUCAAGACUUGCUAGACAUGAAUGAGAAGAAGCAAAAGUGACGAUAAAUUUCAAAUCACUUUUGUUUCUUCUCAAUCACAAUAGGCAAGUCUUAAAAAUUGGCCUCCAGUUGAAAGCUUGAAACAUGUCGACUGCCUUUCGAUUUGCGUAUUUUUGAAACGGACAGCAAGUUUUCAAGCAAGUUGAAACAGAUUAACUUGAAUGCCCACAGAUGGCGCUCGAAUCGCAUUAAUGUUUUUUUUUCUUUUCUGUUUUAGUUUGAUUUCUAUAGCUUCGAUGAAAGAAGAUCGUUUUUUAUGUUAAGUCCGCGUCCUCUCAUUAAAAUUGUUUAAUUAUUAGAAUUCGUUUUCUUUUGAACACAAGCGAAUCAGAUUUGCGAGCGAAGUCUGGUAAAUAGAUAAGAUCCAGGUAAGAGAGAAAAUUAGAAUUAUUUCUACUAUACCUUUUUCAUGGUGCCGAAAACACCGAGACUAUUACUGUUUAUUACUUGUUGUUUAUAAGAAUUUGAAAACGAAAAUGACGGAUGAAGCGAAACUAAAAACGAGAAGAGGCGGUUUAAGAACAAGUGCCACUAAACUCAUGACUAAAAUUGACGAAGCUUUAGAAAAUUCGAAUUUAGAAUAUUUAGAAGUAGCACUUGUACAGUUAAAAGAAAAACAAAUGAUUGAACUAGAUAAACUCAUUAUUGAUAAAAUCGAAGACUGUAAACAAAUAACAGCAGAAGUUGAAUCAUCUGAAGAAUGUAGAGAUAAAAUUAUUCUCUAUAAGUUUAAAAUUGAGAAAAUUCUCAAAAAGACUGCAAUCGAAAAAGAAACUGUUAGCGUCGAAAGCUCAAAUACAACUGUUAGUGACUUAUUCCAAAAUUCAAAAGCUCAAAUUAAAAUUAAAUUACCUAAGAUUUACAUUGAAAAAUUUGAAGGCAAUCAUGAAAACUUUCAGGAAUUUUGGUCUCAGUUUAGGAACGCGAUUCAUAAUAAUCAAAAUUUGAAUAAAAUCGACAAAUUCACAUACUUAAAAAGUUUACUGAAAUCAAAAGCACAAAUCGCGAUACAGGGUUUGACAUUGUCUGAGAAAAACUACGAUAUUGCAAUUAAUAUUCUUGAAGAGCGAUACGGCAAAAAAUAAAUUUUGAUUAGAUCACAUAUUAAUAGCGCUCCGCGAAUUAUACGAUACGUGUGAAAUUCAAAUACGUAUUUUAGAAUCACUUGGCAUCGAACUUGAAAGUUACGGUAAUUGACUUUUCCCAAUUAUAACUAAAUUAAUACUUGAUAGUUUAAUUUUAAAUUAUAAUCGCGAAUAUAAAAACGAAACAGAUUCAUGGAACGUAACAAAAUUGUUAGAGUAUUUAAAAUCCGAAA